AAUAUCACACACAAUAAUUCGCCCCUUGGCAAGCCAUCGAUUCGUUUCGCGAUCGUGUCAUUUAUCCAUCCAAGAACUGGCACCCAUAAUCGCUGCUCGGAUCAAAGAUGUCCAAAAAUAUAAACCGGGCCGACUGGGCCGACGAUGAAGAAUUCGACGAUCCCUCUGUUCUCCCUCCCCAGCAGAUCACGACGAAUAAGGAUGGCACGAAGACUAUCGUAACCUACCGAUACAACGACGAUGGCAAAAAGGUUAAGACAACUCGCCGCAUUAAGACUGUAGUCAUUAAGGAGAGAGUCAAUCCCCGGGUCGCCGAGCGAAAAGGCUGGGCCAAAUUUGGCCUCGAAAAGGGCCAUGCCGCAGGCCCUUCGCUGGAUACCACUAGUGUCGGCGAGAACAUUAUUUUCCGUCCUAGCAUCAACUGGAAGGCGAACGCCAAGGAGGAGAAAUUGGAUAAGAACAGUGUGAAGGAGCAACUCAAGGACAAGAAGGUCAAGUGUCGUAUUUGCAGCGGAGACCAUUUCACAGCUCGAUGCCCAUUCAAGGACACUAUGGCUCCAAUGGACGAAGCUGGUGGCGCUGGCGACUUGGGAAGUGGAGGUGAAGGUCCUGAGCCCGCAGGAGGCUUGUCAGGUGCUGGCGGGAGCUAUGUUCCGCCGCACCUGCGAAGAGGAGGUGCAGCUACCGGAGACCGUAUGGGCGGCAAGUUUGAGAGAGACGACCUUGCCACUCUACGUGUUACCAAUGUCAGCGAGUUUGCCGAAGAGCAAGAGCUGCGAGACAUGUUCGAGAGAUUCGGUCGCGUCACAAGAGUGUUCUUGGCCAAAGACCGGGAAACCGGACGGGCCAAGGGCUUUGCGUUCAUCAGCUUUGCGGACCGCACAGAUGCUGCAAGAGCUUGCGAGAAGAUGGAUGGCUUUGGUUAUGGUCACCUUAUCCUCCGUGUCGAAUUUGCGAAGAGAUCGCAGUAAAAUCGUCUCGGCUUGUUAGGAUCUUUCAUCUUAUCGUGCAUUCGGGCUUUCUUUGGUGGAGUUUAUGACCCAUUUGUAGCUUAAAAAUGUAAGCAUGAUUUGUACACUCUCG